AUGGUGAAGGACUACACUGAAAUCCUGAAAAAGAGGCAGCUGGAACAGCAUAACACCAAACUGCUGACCGUGCAGGAGGUAGUGAUCGAGGAAGUUCCCCACGUUCUCCAUGGCUUCUGGGAGCUUCCUCCUUGUCCACUCCUAAACAUGGCCUCCCAGAAUCUAAGCAUCCUCUCCACGAGUGUCACCAAGGCCACUUUGGAUCGUGUCUCACGGCAAUGGAAACACAGGUCAUCUUCACCCACUCCAUCCGAGACAAUAUGGUCGACAAUUCUGUCUAUCGAAAUUGCAAACUUUGCACCAGUGUUGCUGAAGACCAUUGCUGAUGUAGCAAUGAUCCAGAUAUCUGAAAUGUUUGAGCCUCCUUCAACUCUUCCUGUUGUGAAGAACACAAAUGAAGAACCCUCCUCUGACGGUCUUUCAAUGGCAAAUGUUCCACCAGCCGAAGGAUCUUUUUCAGAAAGUGUUCCAGCGCCUGACGUUCUCUGCAAGGAACUUCUUGUUGAAAGGGCAUCAAAUCUGAGUUCUCAAGACCUUAAGAUCGAAGGACCUCUUUCAGAAAGUGUGCCAGAGCCUGAUGUUCCCUGUGAGGAACUUUUUCCUGAACCUGAAUCCAGUAUGAAGUCCAAAGACCUUCAGAUCAAUAAGAGGAAGAAGAAAAAGGGCUUCUUCAAAAGACUUAAAAGCACUUCAAACAAUGCUAGAGGAGUGAAAGGAGCAACUGGAGCAGGUUUAACACCUCAGACCAUAGAUAAAGAUAGAUUUUCAGAACAGGCACUGACGUUUCUAACUGGCCCUGUGUCCACCAUCCUUUUACCUUCCUUCUACACCCUGGUCUGCUCCAUCAGUGUGCCAAUUAACAUCUGUGCCCUGCUGGCUUUUGCUCGGGGGAUCCGUCCUAAGAAGCCAGCUGCAAUCUAUAUGCUGAACCUGUCCUUAGCCGAUCUUCUCUUUGCACUGAUGCUCCCCUUCAAGAUCUCCUACCACUUUGAAGGCAACGACUGGAAAUUUGGCCCAUCCAUGUGCCGUGUGGUCACUGCUGCCUUUUACUGGAACAUGUAUUGUUCUGUUCUUCUCAUAGCUUGCAUCAGUGUGGACCGUCUGCUUGCUGUAGUUUAUCCAAUCGAUGCUCUGGCUUGGAGGAGCUCGCGGACCACAGUCAUAGCCUGCAUAACCAUGUGGGUGUUAUCCUUCGCUGGCUCUGUGCCUCUUGUUUCUUCUAACCAGACUUUUAACAUCAGUGAUUUGAACAUCACCACCUGCCAUGAUGUCCACUCACCAAAUAAGAUCACCUGGUUAAAGACAUACUUCCUCACCCUCUGUUGCAUUUUUUUCAUCCUACCUCUGCUCAUCACAGUGGUGUCCUACGCUCAGAUAAUCUGGUCAUUGAGCAGAGUCCAACAUGAUGUUCCAGGAUCAUCACAGAGGAGAAGAAGAGCAAUGGUGAUGACGUUGACUGUGCUGGUGAUAUUUUUGCUGUGUUUCAUGCCCACAAACUGUCUGCUGCUUGCACACUACCUGCAAUUUAACACCGAGAAGAGGCAGGCUGAUGGCUCUUACAUACUCUAUCUGGUGUUUCUGUGUUUGGGAAGUCUGAACUGCCUCCUGGAUCCCCUGCUCUACUACUUUGGAUCCUCACAGUGCCAGAAACAACUAUCCAAUAUGCUGAAGUGUAACAAGGUGACAGAGAGCAGAGAUAUCACUCAUUCAACAACUGAUUCCUGGAGAUUAAGCACUAGACAAAUGCUGAAAUCCAGUCAAACAGAAAAGUCCAGAAUCAAGACCUCCGUUACCAGAGCAGGUUCUUUCCAAGCAAGCCUCAAAAGCCAAGAAAAGGACAAGCCAAACAAGAAAUUACUGGCCUGACUGACUGUCACACUUUCAUUGAGUCUGAACUGUUAGUUUAAAGUUAUAAUAUAACAUCAGCAAUUUGUCAUAAUUUGUCAAAGCUGCUGACAUAAGAGCAUGUAGCU